AUGCCUAUUUUUGUCCAGAGAGUCACUAUGCCGCCCAGAAGGGACGUUGAGAACCAAGGUUCCCAAGGAAAUAAUGCCCCUACUAAUGCUCAGCUUGCCGAGGGAUUGCAACAGCUGACUCAGUUGACCCAAGUCUUGGGAAAUGCAUUGCUUAACAAUCAAAAUGGGAACGACGUGGCUAAACUAGUGGCAUCACGCCAUCCUCCAAACUUCUUAGGGCAAGAGGAUCCUGUCAUCAUGGAAGGCUGGAUUCGCACAUUUGAUAAGUUGUUUAAUGCCAUAAACUGCCCAAUGGAACAAAGAGUGGACACGGCUACAUUUUACCUUCAGCAGGAGGCUGAUAAUUGGUGGGCUAGUGUUGGACCAGAACUACGCCAGCAACUCGACUUUGGUUGGGAGAAUUUCAAAGAGCAAAUGAGAGAAAGGUUCUACCCAGCACAUGUCAAGAUGGCUAAAUAUGAUGAAUUCCUGCAUCUUAGACAGGGAAACAUGACGGUGCAAGAGUAUUAUGCUAAGUUCUUGGGACUAGCACAGUUUGCACCUGCUCUAGUUCCAGAUGAGCCUAGUAAGGCUGAGAAAUUUGUUAACGGAUUAAAUUUUGAGACACGGAAGAUUUUAUCUGCGAUGACAUUCCCUACCCUGUUCGCGGCGUAUAACAGUGCAGCCAAGCAUUAUCGGGUGCAAGAGAUUCAGAACGACGCGAUUGGGAGGAACAAAAGGAAGAUAGAUGAAGAUGUCCAGCAAGAGAACAGGCGACCUAAGUUUAACCCUGUGGAGCCACACCAGAAUUUUCAAAGGAGUGGUAAUAAUAACAAUAAUGGGAGGAAUCGACAAAGCCAAGGCCAGGGGUUUGUAAGAAGGAAUCAAAUGGGGGACCGACACUUUAAUUGCAAGAUAUGCAAGAGGGACCACCCUGGAACAGAUUGUCAGGGAAAUUUGGUAAAAUGUUAUAAUUGCAACAAGAUGGGACACAGAGCCUAUGAAUGUUAUGCUAAGAAGAAUGGAGAUACUCAAAAUCAGUGGCAGAACAUGAAUAGAAGUAACCAGAAUGGGAGUAGAACCGGCAAUCCUGUAAAUAGAAGUGGAAAUGGUAAUGGAAAUCACAAUAACGGCUACAAGAAUGGGAACGGCAACAACUAUAACUAG